GCCGCCGCUGCCCCGGGGCCUGUGCCCGGCCCCGACGGCGGCGACGAGUGGGCCCGCGAGCUGCGGCUCUUCGGCCACGUCCUGGAGCGUGCCGCCUGCCUGCGGCGAUGCAAGCGGACGCUGCCAGCCUUCCAGGUGCCCUACCCGCCGCGCCAGCUGCUGCGCGACUUCCAGAACCGCCUGCCCUACCAGUACCUGCACUACGCGCAGUUCAAGGCUAACCGGCUGGAGAAGGCGUUGGCUGCGGCCUACACCUUCCUCCAGAAGAACCCGAAGCACGAGCUAACGGCCAAGUAUCUCAACUACUACCGGGGGAUGCUGGACGCGGCCGAGGAGCCUCUCACGGACUUGGAGGCGCAGCCCUACGAGGCGGUGUUCCUCCGGGCAGUGAAGCUCUACAACAGCGGGGAUUUCCGUAGCAGCACGGAAGACAUGGAGCGGGCCUUGGCCGAGUACCUGGCCAUCUUUGCCCGGUGUCUGGCUGGCUGCGAGGGGGCCCAUGAACAGGUGGACUUCAAAGACUUCUACCCCUCCAUAGCAGAUCUCUUUGCAGAAUCCCUGCAGUGCAAGGUGGACUGUGAGGCCAACUUGACCCCCAACGUGGGAGGCUACUUUGUGGAGAAGUUCGUGGCCACCAUGUAUCACUACCUGCAGUUUGCCUACUACAAGUUGAAUGAUGUACGCCAGGCCGCCCGAAGUGCUGCCAGCUACAUGCUCUUCGACCCUGAGGACAGUGUCAUGCAGCAGAACCUGGUGUAUUACCGCUUCCACCGGGCUCGCUGGGGCUUGGAGGAGGAAGACUUCCAGCCCCGGGAGGAGGCCUUGCUCUACCACAAUCAGACAGCUGAGCUGCGGGAGCUGCUGGAGUUCACGCACAUGUACCUGCAGUCAGAUGAUGAGAUGGAGCUGGAGGAGACAGAACCUCGCCUGGAGCCUGAGGACCGCCCAUCAGAUGCUGAGUUUGAGGGGGAGGGUGACUACGAGGAAGGCAUCUAUUCUGACUGGUGGCAGGAGCCAGACGCCAAGGGUGAUGAAGCUGAGGCUGAGCCAGAGCCUGAACUAGCAUGAGAAGAGGUCUACCCCUGCACCUUUCAAGAGCUUGGGAAGCCUGGGUCCUAUGGCACCAGCCUGGACAUCAGCAAGAACUAUUUAUUAAAAAUGUAAAAUGGACAUAGCUGACCAGGCCCCAUCUCAUCCUACCUGUGAGUGCUGCUCUCCAGACCUCUCCUGCCUCCUCGCUGGAUCUCUGGACCAAAGGAUGGUGGUGCUGCAGCUGCUGACAGCCUGUCCUUCUCCUAGUGCGCGCCCCACUAGGACAGUCUCCUGGAAGAGAAGAUUCCAGCUCCUCGUAGUUGGAGUCUCAGCCUGAAUUGCAGAGACAGAAGAGGGGCAGCUGGCGUUGUGAAGAGCCCUGGACCAGAAGUCCAGUGGUUCCUGGCACACUAGCCCUGGGUGCUCAAUAAAUGUUUCUCGUUGAAUGAA